GCGCCGAGCGCCGCUCGGGCCGGCCGCCGUACGUUUGAGGAGGCCGCAUGAGCGCCCCGGCGUGCUAGCGCAGCGGGCGCGGGUGUGGUAUGCCCGCGCGUCGCCGCCAUGGCCCCAAUGCUGGCGGCCUUGGCGCUGCUCGCCCUGAUAUCCGUAUCGGAGCAAGGACCGCACGAGAAGCGUCUACUGAACAGUCUUCUCAACUCCUACAAUACAUUGGAGCGGCCGGUAGCCAACGAGAGUGAACCGUUAGAGGUCAAGUUUGGACUCACGCUGCAACAGAUCAUUGACGUGGAUGAGAAAAAUCAAAUCCUGACUACGAACGUCUGGCUUAACUUGGAAUGGAAUGACUACAACCUAAGGUGGAAUGACAGCGAUUAUGGAGGCGUUAAAGAUCUUCGCAUCACACCGAACAAGCUUUGGAAACCAGACGUUCUUAUGUACAAUAGUGCUGACGAGGGUUUUGAUGGGACGUACCAGACCAACGUGGUGGUCAGAAACAACGGCAGUUGCCUGUACGUACCCCCGGGCAUUUUCAAGAGCACAUGCAAGAUAGACAUCACCUGGUUUCCCUUCGAUGACCAACAUUGCGACAUGAAGUUCGGUAGCUGGACUUACGACGGCAAUCAGCUGGAUCUGGUGUUAAAGGAUGAAGCAGGAGGUGACUUAUCCGAUUUCAUAACGAAUGGAGAAUGGUAUUUAAUAGGUAUGCCAGGGAAGAAAAAUACAAUAACAUACGCUUGCUGUCCAGAACCGUAUGUGGACGUGACUUUUACAAUUAUGAUAAGAAGAAGAACGCUCUACUAUUUCUUCAAUUUGAUAGUCCCCUGUGUAUUGAUAUCCUCUAUGGCCCUUCUCGGGUUCACACUGCCACCUGAUUCCGGGGAAAAACUAACACUUGGUGUGACAAUAUUGUUGUCGUUGACUGUGUUUCUCAACCUGGUGGCCGAAAGUUUGCCUUCUACGUCGGAUGCAGUACCUCUGAUAGGAGUCACUAUUCUUCUAUCGCUGACGGUGUUCCUCAACCUGGUUGCUGAGACCCUGCCGCAGGUCUCCGACGCAAUUCCCCUGUUAGGGACUUACUUCAAUUGCAUCAUGUUUAUGGUGGCUUCGUCUGUGGUGCUAACUGUCGUCGUUUUAAAUUAUCACCACCGAACAGCAGACAUACAUGAAAUGCCUCAAUGGAUAAAGACAGUGUUCCUACAAUGGCUGCCAUGGAUCUUGCGCAUGUCGAGACCAGGGAAGAAAAUAACUAGGAAAACAAUAAUGAUGUCGAAUAGAAUGAGAGAGUUAGAGUUAAAAGAGCGUUCGUCCAAAUCUCUACUAGCCAACGUGCUGGAUAUAGAUGAUGACUUUAGACAUGUACCACCGCCACCAAACAGUACCGCGUCUACAGGGAACCUAGGACCGGGAUGUUCAAUAUUUAGAACGGAUUUUCGUCGUUCGUUCGUCCGACCGUCGACCAUGGAAGACGUCGGCGGUGGUCUCGGGAGCCACCAUCGAGAACUACACUUAAUCUUAAGGGAGUUGCAAUUCAUCACGGCAAGGAUGAAAAAAGCAGACGAAGAAGCAGAACUUAUAAGCGAUUGGAAAUUCGCAGCGAUGGUAGUGGACAGGUUCUGUUUGUUCGUGUUCACGCUAUUUACGAUCAUCGCGACGGUGGCUGUGCUGCUGUCGGCUCCCCAUAUCAUCGUGCAGUGAACAGCGAACCUAGUCCCUUAAUGCAACUACGAGAGAACUAAUUUAGUUAUAAAAUGUAAUUAUAAUUAUGUAUAGUAAUAUAAUUAAUUACAUUGAUACGUGGUUCAAACGCACACGUCUCUUAAACUAAGUCGAAAGACGGUAAACGUGAAAACUUUAAAACAUAACAUUUAGCUUAGUUAAGUCCAACAUUAAUAUUAUAAAAGAAUUGUGAUGUUGACUAGGGAGUAAUACAUAUAAAUGUUGACGUAUAAUUUGUUAAAUAUAUAAUUAUAUUUCUAAUAAAUACGGUUAAAUAUAUGACUAAAAUGUUUAGUUAAAAUAUUUUAAAUGGCAAGCGUGAAUCAGACUUACUUUGGUUCAUUAUAUACAACAAUCCGCAUAUUAUUUAAAGUAUUGAUAUCUUUUGAUACAUAAGAAAUAUAUCUACUGUACUUAGGUGAUUUUGAUACAUGAUUUUUAUUAGAUUUCAUUCUGAAUAAAAUAAUUUCAGAGAUUUAAAAUCAAUGGGAAUGACUACAUUUAUCGAAGAAUAAUAAGACAGAGAUGAGACAAAUCCUUUAAGCAAAUGAGGGAUCACUAUCGAUGACAUUACCGUAGGGAGUUAAGUAAUGUACAUAACAUAAACUAUAUUAGAAUCAUAAUAGAUACAAGUACUGGGUCACGUUAAGGUUAUUUUGUUUUGUAAUAUCAUUCGAGUCGGUCGUUGAUACUUGGAUUUUCAGUCCAGAUCUAGAUACCGUGCGAUAUCGGGAAUUGGGAACGUCUGUGGAAUUGAACCAGAUUAAAUAAGUAAAAGGAACCAAAGUAACGGUAGAAUAGGAAGUAGAUACGCGUAUAAAAUAAUUUUAAAUGAAAAAUACUUAAAUUCGUGAAAUAAAUAAAAUCGUGUAUUAAUUUAAGUUGUGGGUGAGGCGACUCAUCUAAAUUUUGGUACGACGUGUGUUGAUGCGAAUAAAUAAUUAGUAUGAGAUAUGUUUAAAUGAAAAUACUAGAUACGUUCGGUUGAAUAGAUGACCCUUUAAAAAUAGUUGCAAUGUAUCACGCUGCUGAAGAUUAUAAUGUAUCGUGUGUAUGAUUUUAUACGAAAAAUAUGUAUAUACAAUGCGGGUUUAAAGUACCGUCAUUUAGGUUUUUAAUAGCAAUGAGUAUAAUUGAAAUGCGAAGCAACGUUCUAAAUAUGUAGGCGAAUACCCAGGAGACAGCACGAUUGUCACUCAACAGUAUUUCGAAACGUUUUGCGACGUGUCUCUGAUGUGCUGAGUGACGGUGCUGUCUUUGUUUCGGGUGAAAAAUCCUUUAGCACUUACCGUAGUAAUAGUAACUAUUGUAAUUUAGAUAAAUUACGUAAUUAUAACAUUUAUUCACGUCUUUAUCUAUGUCCGUUCCUCAAUUUCGCUCUUAUAGGUGUCGUGAUAGCCUAGUCAAUGUCGUGUCUCUUAUUAAUUAAGGCUACCGUGUUACUAUAAGGAAGCUCACUAACUUUAGUGGUUUAAAUAAAAUUAAACGGAAAUCGUAUCAUUGUGUUAUUUCGAAUCAAUCAUUAGUCUUUGUAUUGAUUGUGUUUUUGCUAUAAUUGAAUUUUCGCUUCUAUUUUUUCAUUGUUUGACCGAAUUGUUAUUACAGUUACAAAA